AUGGAAAAUCGUUUGAAUUUGGAUUUGGAUGACACAGAAUUAUCCAAUUCAAGCCAAAAUCCCCUUGAAGAUUCUGAUACUCAACUCACAAAUGAAAAACACUCAGAUGAGAAAUCUGUUAAGGGCAUCGUUAUAAAUUCAGUAUCCGAAUUCAAUAUUGCCGACGCACCAUCCAAGGAAGCCCCCAAUGAGAAAAAACUGUCAGCAUCCAGCACAUCAUUAUCUUCUCCUGAAGAGUGCCAAACAAAAUUCUCAUACCUCCAAAACGAUACAUCAUUUCAUCAGAGAGACAAUGAUGAUGAAUGUGCCUCACUUAUUCUCACCUGUCUGUUUUGCCAAUUUUUGGAUUGCCUUCUAAUGCUGCCUGAUACUUGUGAAACUGUGUGCAUAAAUACGUGCUGCCCAUCUCAUCGAUACCAUCAUGCCUCCGAUGAGAAUCAUGCCAGAAAUGACUGCAAUUGCAGUUGUGAUGUUGACUGCAGCCUGUUUGAAUCUUGUCACGAGACAAGCGAGUGCUUAGAGCUGGCCAUGGAGAUUUCAGAAAUCUGUUACCGCUAACAUAAGAAAGCACCAGAUCAAGAAAGAAAGAAAGAAAGAAAGAAAGAAAGAAAGAAAGAAAGAAAGAGAAAGACUCUGAUUUCCUAGAAAUUUCCCAUAUGACCAGGAUGUGAGGUCUAUUUGUUAUAAACAUCUUGGACUCUGUAUAUCACAUUAUCUUGCAUCCAUUUGGGAAGAAUUGCAUUCCGCACGCAAGGUCCUUGUUCACAAUUUCACAACUGCACGACACUCAGAAACAAAAUCUUUAAUCGUAGAUGAAACACAAAUCCAAAACAACUGACACAAAAUGUUUUCACUGCAUUCCUGCUUCCCAGCUGGCAUGCUAAUCCCCUCUUUCUGUGACUACAUUCACCAGCUUGCACCAUGGAUUCAGCCCUAUCCCCAAAUUCCGGGAGAACUGGGGCACUCUUUUAGGAUUGACAUCCAUAUAUUAGCUCUUCUUCUUAAUAGACUCAUACAUAAACAUCAUGCUUUGUUGGUUACUAUUAAUAAUGGAUGAUAGAACAUCAUUUUAUAAUUAAAAAUUUAUUUAUACAAUCCCUUAAAACUCACUUAUAUGUUCAGUUUAGGUAGAAAAGGGAAUUAAAUGAUUAGGAACCAUGUUGCUGUAAUUACAGCCGAUGUCUCUGAAACAUCUCUGGUGGAUUUGAAGUCUGAUGUGCUUCAGCGGAGUGCUGUAAUUCUAGACCAUAUUAAUCUGUGUCUAUGAUUAUGCCAUAACAGGUUAUGUCUAUUUUUAAUUUGUUACAGGAAGGUUCUCCUUAGUUCUAAUGAGCAUUAAUGGGAAUUGUGUGCAUGUUUCAGGAGGAGAAUGACCUCGGUUAAUCAAUUGCUUUUUUUCCUGAUUUCUGUCAUAGGGUAAACAGGAGAAUGCAAAAGAAACUACAGUUUUCUUAGCUUGAAUUUCUACGAGCACUAAAAAGAUAUAAAAAUGCGGCUAUCCAUUCAGCAUGGAGCUCUUAAUGCAGCAUGUCACUCAGAUACUAUGGAUUUUUCCCUUCCUGAUAAAGUUUGUAAUUAUUAACAUUAAUAAAAAUUUUGACCACCACAACAUACUUGUAUAGUAACCAAGGACACAAUAUGAAAUAGAAAAUGAUUUCUUAGUUCAAAGCAGGGAAAAGAAAACAGACAAUUUUCUCUGAAAAUCUUUCUUGAUUAUAGUUAUUGCAGAAUAUACCUUAAUUUCAGGAGACUCCAUUCUGUUGUCUUUAAGCAAACAAUGCUCAUCAAUUUGCUCUUGUGAUUUUCCACCUACCCUGCCAUUACAGCACCUCUUCUCACCAGGAAGAAUGAUCCUCCAGACUCCACUCUGUAAAUAGUCUAUCCAUACAUCACCCCCAUUCUCCAUGCCCUUUCUCUCCCUCCCAGUGAAAUUUUGGCUCUGUGCCCUGAUGUUGAGCUGUUCUGAUUAGUGGGUUAGUCAAUGAAAAUUCACCCACUAUAUCCAGUAAGUCCCAGACUAUACCAAACCUUCUAGCCAUCCACCAGUAUACCAGAAUCUAUUUAGCAUGAGUACCUUGACAUCAGCCCUUCCUGUCUAGAUAUUCCCCUCCCUCCCAUUGCUUGAUCUUGUUCUGAUAAUAGCAACCAAAUAUUUUUUGCUUCUAGACAGGGAAUAAAAUUCCAUGGCUCCAUUCAUAAUCCCUGUGGCUUGCUUAAACCAAACUUUUCUCCCUAGAGAACAUGUUUAUUCCCCUAUUAGAAUGUAAGCUUUUUGAAAGCAGGAUUUCUUUUUUCCAUAUUUUCACCCCCAUCAUUUAGCACAGUGUCUGGCUUAUAAAAGAUACUUAAUAUUAUUGACUGACUUUAAGAGAAGACAACUAAUUAAUAAAUAUUUUCCAACUGCCAACAUUUUUACACAAACAUCUUGAAACUCUUAGUUAUUGGUCUUGUCUUCCAUUUUUUAAAAAAGAUUUUGAAAAAGCCUAUUAAAAAGCUAAAGAACAGAUCAAUUACAUCAAAUCAUCUUUACCCAGUUGGAAUUAACUUUCUGAACAUUGGAGCUGAGCUUUUCUUUCCCAUUUUAACUUGAGUUCACAUAAUAUUAGAUUCAGAUUGAAAAAGCCCACAAACAUCCAAUUUCCUUAUAGAAAACAAUUCUAGAAAAGUGAAAUUACUUGUCCAAAGUAACAUAGGUAAUGAGAAGCAAAGCUCAGAUCAGAUCCCAGUUCCUCUUGCUCUAAAUUCAGCCUUCUUCACUGGGUGAUAGGGGAGUUGGCUGUCUUUUACCAGUUCCCAAAUCAGAUAGUCCCAAGAUUCAAAUCAGACCUACCAUGAUAUUUGGAGUCUUGAGGUCACUGUUUCCACUUAGGAACAUUUUGGACUCUAUCCCAUUUUGGAUGUAGAAAACGUGAAGAAUAGAAUUCAUCAUAAAAUCAUACAUUUAGACCUUGAAUGAGUCAUCUAAUCUAAUUCCUUCAUUUGACUGUUGGGUAAAGUGAGGCUGGGAAAGCUCUGAAGAUUAGUGUGCAGUGAGUCUGGAAAGUGGUAGGCUGGACUUCAUAUUCUCUAUUUUUUGCUCUCUCUGCCUCCCAACACCACCACCACCAUCACCAAAGACAAUGACUUAAAUAGAAUACUGGGAGAUUAAAGAACUGGAAAAUGUUUUGGUUUUUUUCUCCUUUUUUGAAUUGCAGCAAAAGUCCUGUGCAAACAGCAAGAUGUCCUCACUUUCCUUACUAAGUUCACCCACUGAACAUUUUUUUAGAAUUAACUGUGAUACAUGGGAAAAUGCCAGUUUUACAUGAUGUGAAAAUAUUCUCUUCUUUAUAAACCAUAAUAACACAGCAUCCAUUUUUCAAACAAAAAUUUUACUUUAAUCAUAAGAUCAUAGAUCAAAUUUCAGAAUCCAUAGAGUGCAAACAUUUCAAUACUUCAAUAAUCAAUAGUCGAUAAAUAAUUAUUAAGCAUCUCCCAUGUGCCAGGCAUUGUGCUAAGUGCUGGAGAUGCAACUAUAAAAAUAAAAAUGUCCCUGCCUAUAUAAGGAGCUUAAAAUAUAAUGGGAAAAUCAAUAAACAAAAUGAGAGGUGGAACAGAGUUUGGGGGUGUAAGGGACUAGGCAAAGAAAUCCGUGAAUGCAGAGAAUCCAAAGAAUCCAAAUCACUUUGUAGAUAAGAAGCUGAGAAUCAGAAGUGACUUGUCCAAAGUCACAUGUAUAAUAAUAAUGAUCAUAGGAGAAUUUGAAAUUAGGAUCCUGGACCCAAAGUCAGCGUUGUUAUUUUCGCCCCCUACAUCAUAUGACUUUACUGUACUAAGAAGCAUAGCUGGUAAACCCCACACAGGUAGAAAGAUUUAAUUAAAUGCUUAGAAACACAUAAAGGGAGGGAAAAGAUGUGGAUGUGAUGACUGAUGAGAUGUAAAUGUCAGAAUCUGGGAGCAGCACGCGGGUGUUUUUUGCAGCAACGGAAUAUCCUGCUUUUGAAUAUAAAGAAUGUGACAGUCAUAAAGGAAGAGAUUCCCAGGGACACACAAACAUGCGCAUGCACAAACACACACACACACACACACACAUACACACACACAUCCCAAAAGUGAUUUGAGAACAUGCAACCCUUUUAGAGAAUCGGGAACUAUGUUGUUCCCACAGCAAUAUAUAAGCUCACAGUCUCUUUCUCAUGGAUCUGCUCCACGGGUUUUAUAAAAACUAGCGCAUCUCUACAAGGAGACAAAAAAGUAUGGGAAACACUGGCAAAAUGCAGUUACGUUUAACUCGGUUUUGAAAUUUCUCCACUGCUGAAGAUGACAGACCUGCAAAACGAAUUAGCAUCUCUGGACAAUCAAAGCAAAUUGAGUGAAAUUCUCUUAAGUAUUUUCCAAGGGACUAAGAAAACACAGACAAGGAAACUGGGCAAAUAGAAAACUCCAUGUGGGGCAUAUUAGAAAUCGUUUUAAAGUACAAAUGCAUAGAUGGAAAAUGUUGAAAUGGGAGUUUCAUAAAUAAUCUUCCACUAUAAAUUGGAACAAAAUAAAGCAAUGUUAAUAAUGUAACUUGAGGCACAUUGCAGAUGCUCUGGUCAAAUGACAGGCUCUCUCCCUAGGAUAUAUAAAAUUUUAAACAUUGGUAAAAUGUCAAGGAAUAUGUUUACUUAAUUUAAAAAAUGUUGUCAAAUUGUUCAUUUAAUUGACUUAUUCAGCUUAUUUAGGAGGCUCUGUGAAUUAGUCUCUCUCCUCAGAAGCAGGAGCUCAAAAAUCAAAUUCAGUUUCUAGCUGUAUAAUUGGGGAUGAAUUACUUCAAUUCUCUGAUCAUCAAUUUCCUCAUCUGUAAAAUGGAAAUAUUAAUUCCCAUAGCACAUACAUGGAAGCAUUGUUGCAAGAAUAAAAUGAGAUAAUUUCAAUAAAAUGUGUCCUGCAAAUUUUAGAAUGCAAGAUAAACAAAAUGUAUUGUCAUUUUAUUUUAAGGCCAGAUAGAACUGUUGUAUGAGCACAUGAAAUCACUAGUUUUUUGUUUUGUUUUUUUUGUAAGGUAAAAUGAACUAAGGUACUAGAUCUAUCUUCAAAGGUAUGGAAAUUUAUUGAGACAGAAAUUGCUACAUUUUUGUCUUUAUAGGCCUCAAAGCCUAGCAUAAUCUCUGGUCCAAACCUAGCAAUAUCAAAGGUUUGUUAUUUAUUUGUAUAUUUAUAUGUGUAUAAACAUAAAAAUACAUACAUAUAUAUGUAUAAACAUAUAAAUAAUGUUUAUGUCAAUAUGGCUAAGCUAGAACACUUAGGAUCCCUUAAAGCCCAAAUGUGAUUUCCUCCUUUAAUCAUUCCCUCUCUUAUUUCUCUGUGUGUUUAUAGUCUCUGCUAGCAGUCUCUGAACACUUUCCAUUUUUAUCAAGGAGAUAUCCUCAAGCAUAGACCAUUAUCAGAAAAAAAAAAAAAGUUUUUAAAGUACACACAGGGGUCAGUAGUGCUACUAUUUUCAAUCAUUUUUAUUUCUGCUAAUAAUAAUAAUUUCCAUUUUCCUGGAAACUUUUGUUCUUUGUUAUGUUGAAAUUGAUCCUGGAGUGCUUUUAAAUGCCUUUUCCAGCAUCAUUUAUUUUGUUGCUGUCAGCAGCAUUUGGUCAGUCAAGUCAGUCAAUUAGCAUUUAUUAAUGAGCUGCUAUAUGCUUCUGUGGCACACUUUGGCUGGAUGAUCCAGUCAGUUUCCUUGAUUUCAUCUUCUCAAGUACAAUUACAUUUCUUUAUAUUGCAAUAAGAUAUUAAGAUAUCAUAUUCCAAAUGUAAUGAUUCCAUUGUCAUCAAUGAUGAGAAGAUUAUUAUAGACCCAUUGGAAAAUUUGUUCCAUUUUAUUUCUAGUUGUGGUCCUAUUUUAGUCAACGGUCAGUAGAAAUUAACCAUCUACUAUGAGUAAGGCACUGUGCUAAGCAAAGGGCAUAUUAAUACAAAAAAGUCUCUGCUCUCCAGAAGUUCAAAAUGGGGGGGAGGAAGGGAAGGAUCAGAUAGGUGUGAAAGGUCAGCAAUAUAAAGAGGAAAGAAGUUACUGAAGGAUGAUUGGAUUUCACUGGAUGAUAACAUUUGCCACUUAUCAGCUAUAUAAGUGUUAUUGGGAUAAGCUCAUUUACAACAUAUUUUAGUGGAAUAGCAUGAUAUUUGUAUUCAGGAAGA